UACACGAUUCAUCUCAACACACAAAUAAAAAUGGUGGUUCUAUUUCUUUAAAAAGGAUUUAUAAAUCGAAAUAAGAUGCUGAAAUCAAUGAAAACGUUUGAGAAGUGAGAAACAUUUCAAACAAGUUUAAGUUGUAAAUAUAUGGUCGGUCAGACUACGUGGUGUGCUAGUGAAAUAAGAGUUGUGUAUGACAAAUAACAGGUUGUUGAAGACACCGAAAUCGCUAUAAGUCUGUAUGUUAAUCGGAAGUGUUGUUUUUUACGGCCUAAGUAAAGUUGUUAUAAACCUCAUAGUUGACUUAUUAGUAAGGUUUGUAAAUUUAAAAAUUACUGAACCUGCAUAUUUUCUACAACUAUCGUGCUUGGGAUAUGUAUUCGUUCAGCAUGUGACCCACAUCUAAGAUUUCUCUUCUGAGUUGUGUCUGGUGUUGAUUAUUUUAAGAACUGGUAGUAACAAAAAAACAAGUAACGAACUGAAGCAGAGGCAGCAUGCAAAAAUUUGUCAACAGACAUGACAUUUUGUGAUGCUGUCACGGAUGAACACAAGCCGCAGAUCUUGCAGGGGGUCAAACGUAUUUUACUCCGAUUUAUAUAAUUAUGUACAGUUACAUGUAAGUUGCGAUUUUAUAUACCAGUGGGUAGAAGAAGGUUUCUAAUGAUCUGUGCAAGAUGCAUAAAUUUACAAAGUAUGAGCGAUAAAGACGGAACUUCAAAAAAAAUGGCAUCGAGGUGCCAAUGCAAUAAUUUUAACUCUCAGGAUUAGAACUAUGGUGCAGGAUGGCACAUGCUGAAAAUCACAGAUAUAUUGUGCAGGUGUUUGUAGGAGCUCUGUCGGCACAAUAUGAGGCCCUAUCCGUAGAAGCCUCAAAGCAGACAAGCUCCGAGGAGAUAGUAUGUUGUAUCACAGAAAAACUUAAAUUAACAGAUGGAUCUGGUGGACCAUAUGAACUGGCUGAGGUGGUCGGAGAUACUGUCAGUGGGGAGUGCAAGGAGAGAAGGCUCGGCCCCAAUGAGUCUCCGGUUGCUGUUAUGUUGCUGUGGCCCAAUAACAAUACAGAUCAAUACUACAGGUUCUACCUACGGGAGAAAAUUCCAGAUGAGCCAUGGAUGGAGAAGUUUUCUGUGGACCCGCAGCUGAUAAAGGACUACUUCCAGAGGUUUCUAUAUCAGCCCAAAGACAGAGAGUAUCCUGAUUUGUGUCAGUUGCCAGAGCUAAAUGAACAGACACUACUCGAUAACCUGAGAGCCAGGUUUGCAGCGGGAUAUAUUUACACAUAUGUUGGAUCAAUAUUAAUAGCGGUCAAUCCAUUUAAAUUGUAUCCAAUAUACAAUCCUAAGUAUGUGAAGCUGUAUCAGAAUAAGCGGAUAGGAUCCAGUCUUCCACCGCACAUAUUUGCGGUCGCCGACGCCGCGUACCAUACUAUGCUACGCGAGAGAACAAACCAGUGUAUAGUGAUCAGUGGUGAAAGUGGAUCCGGAAAGACUGAAAGUACAAAUUUUCUCCUUCAUCAUCUAACAGCGUUAAGUCAAAAAGGAUCACAUGGCAGUGGUGUGGAGCAAACGAUCUUAAGCGCGGGUCCAGUGCUAGAGGCGUUUGGUAAUGCGAAAACGCCUCAUAAUAAUAAUUCAAGUCGAUUCGGCAAGUUUAUUCAAGUUAAUUAUAAGGAAAAUGGUAUGGUACAUGGUGCAGUGGUGCAGAAAUAUUUACUGGAAAAAUCGAGAAUAUGCAGUCAAGGUCGCAAUGAGAGGAAUUAUCAUGUGUUUUACUAUUUGUUGGCGGGUGCUUCAGAACAAGAAAGGGAACAGUUACAUCUUCUCAGUGUUGACAAAUAUAAUUAUCUAUCAAAGACUGGUUGUAGUGUAGUGCCGGGUGUUGAUGAACAAUAUGAGUUUUCAAGAUUAAAACAAUCCAUGGACAUGGUAGGUUUUACUUUGGACAAGCAGCGUAGACUGUUUGCUGUGCUGUCAGCUGUACUCCUUUUAGGUAAUGUAGAGUUCCAACCGCAACGCAAGUCGUACCACCACGACGAGGCGGUGGGGGUGCGGAAUCCCGAGGUGGUCUCCCUCAUCUCCUCCCUCCUGAGGGUCAAGCAGGAGACUCUGCUUGCUGCGCUCACCUCCAAGAGGGCGAGGGCGUCCGGAGAAACCCUCGUAAUUAACUACAGAUUGCCGGAAGCAAUAGCGACACGUGACGCGAUGGCGAAGUGCCUGUACGGCGCCUUGUUCGACUGGAUAGUGAUGCAGGUCAACCACGCUCUGCUCUCCAAGAAGGACACGCUGCGGGAACAUCAGGGACAUAGCAUAGGCGUUCUGGAUAUAUUCGGUUUCGAGGACUUCGGUCCCAACAACAGUUUUGAGCAGCUGUGCAUCAACUAUGCCAACGAGCACCUGCAGUACUACUUCAACCAGCACGUGUUCAAGUACGAGCAGGAGGAGUACCGCCGCGAGGGCAUACGGUGGACGGACAUCGGCUUCUCCGACAACACCGGCUGUCUGCAGCUCAUAGAGGGCAAGCCGGGCGGCCUGCUCUGCGUACUCGACGACCAGUGCAAUUUCCCAUGGGCUACAAAUGAGACAUUGUUACAAAAGUUCAACUCAGUGCAUGAAGAGAAUGCCUUCUACGAGAAGCCCCAGCGGAGGGAGCCCGCCUUCGUAGUGCGACACUACGCCGGCAGAGUUAAAUAUCAGGUGACAGCGAUGCGGGAGAAAAAUCUAGAUCUUAUGCGACAAGACAUAGUGAGCGUGUUGAAGAACUCCUCGCUGGCGUUUGUGAGGGAAUUAGUGGGAGUUGACCCCGUCGCUGUGUUCAGAUGGGCGAUUGUACGAGCCUUUUUCAGGGGUUAUUUCGCAUUCUUAGAAGCAGGAAGGAGACACCGAGUGCAGCGAGUAGAUGGCGCCUCCAGAGUUCCCCGACCCUCCAUACAAUCCGUCAACGAUAACAUUAUUAGCCAACUGGUGACAGUAUCGUCAAUCAAUCUUGCAAUCAACCGCAUUGCAACGGCGCACAGAACGGGCAGUAAGGCGCGCGAGGUGUGCGUGCGCAACGCCAGCGCCGGCGAGGGUAGGCAGAGCGGCGCGCGGCCCGCCAAACAUUACAGGAUCGCCGAGACGCGCACGCGCCGCCUCGACCGCGACCUCGACGACGCGGACGUGAUGCAGCGCGCCAGCCAGAUCGUCCUGAAGAACAAAUCGUUCAGGCCGAGAGAGCGCGCUAAAAAGGGUCUGAAGAACUUACAAAGUGUGAAGACGCUGGCGGGGCGCACGGCCGCACCCGCGGGCAAGAGGAAACAACCUCUUACCGUCGCUGCUCAGUUCCAGCACUCACUGGCAGCACUAAUGGAAACCUUGAAUCAGGCAAAUCCAUUCUUUAUAAGGUGUAUAAAAUCAAACGGUGAUAAGAUAUCGAAUGUCUUCGACGAGGAUACUGUCCAACGUCAGCUGCGGUACACUGGCAUGCUGGAGACAGUGCGCAUCCGCCAGGCGGGGUACAAUGUGCGCCUCACGUAUGAGGAGUUCAUACAGCUGUAUAGGAUCCUGCUACCCAAGGGACUACUCAGCUCGCAGGCGGAUGUCAGGCAUUUCCUAGCCACUUUGAAUCUGGACAGAGAUAAUUAUCAAGUUGGAGCGACGAAAAUAUUCAUGAGAGAAAGUGAGCAGAGGAAACUGGAAUAUCGUUUGCAUCAACAAAUAAUGGCGUCCAUCAUCACGAUCCAGCGCUGGCAUCGCGCUGUGCUGGAGCGGCGGCGCUUCCUGGCGCUGCGCCGCGCCGCGCUGCUCAUACAAGGAUAUUGCAGGCAAUGGUUGUCAUCGCGGCAUGAGGCGGCUACUCGGCUGCAGGCGUGGUACCGCGGCGCGCGCGUGCGGCGCUGGUACGUUUCGCUUCGGGGCGCGGUAGUCGCGUUCCAAGCGCACGCACGCGGCGCACUGCUGCGUCGCACCGUGCCGCGGCUUAGGAGCACGCGCACCACGCCCACCACCACCACCGCCACCUCCACCACCCCGACAACACAGCACAACAACACGCAUGAAGGUAGCGCGGCCGCAGAAUACGCUCCUGACUUCGACAAGAGCAUGCUUGUGCUCAAGAAUAUCAUGGACUUGGACGUAUUGUUCGAUGGUUCUGCGAGCAGCAGAGCGUUGAGGGCGACUUACUCUUUACCCGUUGACAGUUGGGACAAUAAACACGACUUGGAGAAUAUCAUUGCCAAGAAUCAAAAGAAAAGGAUCUCAAAAACACAGAACGUCAACGAGUUGCCACUCAAACAGUCUAGUUCAAGUUCAAUAAAUCAAGAGGCGAACGAGUCAUCCCCGGAGGAGAGUUGGCAGGUGGGCGCGUACCCGGGCGCCGUGGCCGUGCCCAGCAAGAUCACCGCUGACGACAUCGCGCACGAGCUGCUCUGGCUCAAGCUGGACCGCGACUACAUCAUCACUGAACGGAACAAGAAACGUGAGCGCGAGCUGGCGGAGUCUCUGGCCAGCAGCAGCGAGGAGUACCUGCGGAAGGUCAGCGACUGGAACCAGGCGGAUGGAGAAGAUGCCAGCCUCAACAGCGUCAGUAAGGCGUCGCCACAAAUGUACCAGCGCAGCUUGUCCAGCCUGCUGAGCCUGCCGGCCGUGCGGCGCGCGCCCCCGCACCGCACGCCGCACGCCCCGCACGCGCCGCACGCCGCACACGCCGCACACGCCGCACACCGCACCUCGCACGACAACUCUGAUACAGGAACAUUUAUAAAAACAUCAGAGCUGGCGGUCGAACUGCGCCCCGAGCUGCGCCCCGCUGACCCGCGCUCCACGGACUACAUCGGACAGACCGGCAACGGACUGUUCCGCAUCGCCGGACACAGGUUUCGUAAAGGCACACGUUUUUCAAAGGACGAUAAAUGCGUGUACUGUCAUCAAGCAAUCGACGCUUUCAUCACUCAAGGCCAGCGCUGCAUCGACUGCAAACAACUCUACCACACCAAAUGUAUACAGAACAAGGGUGUCAUCACAAUGCCCUGCUCCAGUCCAGUUACUAUAUCACCCCGAGGACGACAUAAAUACAGAAAGAGAAUUAUCAAAGACUCAGCGUAUAAUUCUCUGUCAGACCAGUCUAAGAGUUCAGUCAGUUCUAAUUUCAGUCUGACUGGAACUUCAGAGUUCAUGGACAGAACGGAUAAGAUCAUAUCGGAUGCGACUGAGCUACAAGCGAUGCAGAACUUCAUCACAAAGAAGAUAUAUCAAAUGGAGUCCUCGGAGAAUGAAAAACAGUCUGAGGUGGACCGCGUGUUCAAGCACGCGCUGCGCGAGUUCAAGGACAACCUGGUGGCGACGUACAGCGUGGUGGAGACGCGCGGCUCCGCGCUCAAGUACAAGGACCUCAUCGGCAACUUCCUGCACGUGAUGGAGACGGUGUGCGCGCGCGAGGGCUCCACGCUCUCCAUCACCAUGGGCGUCAACGCCUUCCGCGGCUUCAUGGACGAGUUCAUGACACACCACGACACCGACAAGACCAGGACUAAGAGGAAAAAGGAUAAGAAACGGAAAGUGGACGAGCCGAUCCAGUACAAGGGACAUACGUUCAUCCUGUGCAUGAUCAACAUCCCCACGGAGUGCGAGAUCUGCAAGACCUUCUUCAUGUGGCCCAUCGAGCGCUCGCUCAUCUGCCAGAGCUGCAAGCUCACCUCGCACAAGAAGUGCUACGUCAAGGAACGAGUAUCAAGUAUAUUCACGAUAUUAAAGAAACUACCAAAACCAAAUUUCGACCUGGUGGAGAGAUUGAUAUUUCACCUGGCGCGGGUGGCGUUGGGUGAACAUCAUAACAGGAUGGGCCCCAACGCGCUGGCGAUAGUGUUCGCGCCGUGCAUCCUGCGCACGCACAAGGUGCAGCCGGCGCAGGACUCGCUGCACGACAUCGCGCGCCAGACCGCCUGCCUCGAGGCCAUACUCGUCGACAAGAUGCGCACCGUGCGCGGCAUGCUGCAGGACAUCGCGACGCUGGACACGGCGAGCCACACGGCGUCGUACCGGCUGCGCACGCUGCGCGACGCCGCGCACCCGCGCGCCGAGCAGCAGCUGCUGGAGGGACACAUCAGCGAGAUAGAGAAGGAGAAGGCCAUACUCACCAACAACCUGCCCACGCUCAUACGGGCGACAUCUGACGACGACCUGCUGUCGACUACGGACCACGACGGCGAGUUCGGCAGCACCGACGACCUCAGCACCGGCUCCGCGUCGCUGCGCUCGCGUCUUUAUCAAGCGCUGAUUACGAUAACUGGACUGGAACAGUGUAACGGGAUGUUAUACCCAAAUGGCUAUUAG